CGCUCCCAUACAUUCAACUAUACUAUUGUAAUGCCCUCCUGCUCUAUACCGCAAGAUAGCUCGAAGACGGGGACAGCACCAACUAUAUUUCCGGGAAGACAACACGAUCCGUAGAAUGUAUGGGCCAGCGAAUCCCGCGAAGAUUGAAGGCCAAGUUUUCCUCUUGCUUCACGAUAAACCAGGAAGUCGGUACCCGAUGCACUUAUAUAUCGUGCUAUAGGAGUGAGUUUCUUAAACAAACAACCAGAACUCUUCAAUGCCAACUCCGUUUCUUUUUCUCAGCCUCUCAGCCGCACUUGGCAAAAAGGGCUCAUCUCUUCAGUAUCGAAUCCCUGUUGCGGAUAAGGAGGAAUCACCCGAGUCAGGCAACGUCACGCGUGCGACGACGCAGAGCAAGAUUAUCUGCGAGAGCCUACUAGCAGUGAUACGCGCAUAUUAUGCCGUGAUGGAAGCAAUGGAGAACGGAUCUACGACAGGCGCGGCUUCUUUCGCUAUGGCAUUGAAGAGCAAUAUGGGCCAAUUCAACAAUUAUAUGGGUAUACUUGCGCAUAACGCCGGUCGAAGGCCAUUCAUAACUGAGAAUGGUUAUGUUGGCGUUGGUCCAAACGGUUUGAAAGAAGGGGAUGAAGCUGUAGUAGUUCUCGGUGCCGCAGUGCCCUAUGUUCUGAGGACCGAAAGUACCGGGAGACGGAUCCUUAUUGGUGACGCCUACAUUCAUGGCGUGAUGGACGGUGAGCUUCUGGAGGGGAAGCCAACAGUUGAAGUUUUUGAGCUGGUGUAAUGGGAAAGCAAGAGCUCCUCGGUGCAAUGCUGCUGAUUUGGUUGAUGAGAGCCAGGCAUUAGACGCAGCGUAGUUGAGGUAGCAAAGCAAAUCAUCCCUCCCUAAGUCGCCACGGCUCUCCCGAUGGCCUUGUCAGCGGCGUUUAGAUUCUCAUCCAUAAUCGCCCCUCAUCAAUCCUACGAAUAUUUGUCUGCGAUGUCCUCUGC